AUGAUCGCGCCUUUAGGCACACAGCCUACUUACUUUGUACAAUCUCCAGUAGGAGUUAGCACUGAAUCUGCCGGACGUCCCUUGCCACGGACCAUUUGCACGCCCCCACUUGCCGCCAGUCGAACCGGAGUGAAGCUAUUCAGUUCCCACUUGUCAUAUCCAUUACGGAUUGUUCACCACGUCCGCGUCUUCGGUGCUCUGUAUGGCUCUUUCCUUUGUGGAAUGACAGGCUGUGACUCAGAACCGAAGUUACAGGGUGCCAUCCAGGGUUCACCUGAAAGUACAUAUAAAGAUCCACCUCCCACUUUCUCGACCCUCUCUCUAACGGUCAAUGACCAUCCCCUCAAGCUCUCCACCCUCUAUCGCCCCGGGCCGAAACCCGCCAUCCUCUUCCUCCACGGAUUUGGCUCUUGCAAAGAAGAUCUUCACGAUCUGGUCUACCUUCCUUCUCUACGAGACCACACCUUGAUCGCCUACGAUGCACCGGGCUGCGGUGCCUCUGAAUCCCAUGGUCCCAGCAGCGAUCUGACUAUCACCUUCCUCGUGGCCACAGCCGAAGCUGUGCUCAAGCAAUUCCACAUCACCACCUUCUAUCUGAUCGGGCACUCCACCGGCGCUCUGACAGGCCUCAUGCUCGCCGCCUCUCUUCCCCCCACACAAUACCAACUGCUCGCCUUCAUCAACAUCGAAGGCACCCUCUCGCCAGAGAACUGCUUCUUCCCUCGCUCUCUCUACACCGACCUCGUCAAAUCCUCCCCCUCCUCCACCCCCGAAGACGACCUCCAGAAACUCAUUGCCCACGUCCACUCCACCCCAGGCUACUCACACGCUCUCUACGCCUCAUUACUGCCCUCCCGCGUGCGCCCCGGAGCCGUCCGACCCAUCGUCACAUCCACCGUCGAGCUCUCAUGGAAGAACCUCCUAGGACGCUUCCUCCGAUUAUCCUGCCCACUCAUGUACCUGUUCGGGGACCAGAACCGCGAAGUGUCAUUUCUGAGUCAAUUAGAGACGAAAGGGGUCGAGCUGGCGCAGAUCCCCACGAGUGGACACGUCCCGAUGUACUCCAACCCGGCGAAGAUGUCACGGCGCAUCGAGGGAUUUUUCCGGGACUGUACUUACGCCGGCAGUAGCAGUAGUGGCAGUGGUGGGAGUUUCUAG